CCCAGGAGCCCCUAAUGGAUCUUAUUUCAAUACAAUGCUUGACCCCUACCCUCCCACCCCCUCUUGCUUCAUAGCACUUCCUGUGGCUGCAAUGGUGCACACUUACUUAUUUUCUCUGGUCUGCCAUCUCUACAAGAAUGUUAGCCCCAGGGAGGACAGGAACUGUGGUCUGUUGUGUUCACUGAUGUGUUCCCAGGGCCUAAAGGGGCACUGAAACAGAGUAGAUGCUCAUUAUGUGUGUGAGGAAUGAAUGAAUAUAUAGAGCAAAUGAAAAAAAAAGAAAGCAAGUUGCAUAACCAGAUGUCCAACAAGAUAGUGCGCGCAUGUGUGUGUGUGUGUGUGUGUGUGUGUGUGCGCAUAAGCUAUGUACAAUGAAAGGUUUGUCAGGGUAUGUGCUAGAUGCUAGAUGUUAACAAUCAUUCCUGCAGGGCAGGGAAAUAGGUGGGACUUUCACUUUAUACCUUUGGACAUCUGAAUUUGUUCAGCUGUCUUCUAAGUCCCCUGCCACCCCGCCCUCUUCCCUUCAUUUCCACCAAUAAAUAGAAAAGAAGACAAAAAGACCACCUGACUUCAGUAAGGGGGGAAGCAGGCAGCAACUGAAAAUUUGGAGCAAAUAUUGGCAAAGUCUGGUCCAAAUCCACAUGAAUCUCUGAAAUGGAGGCCUGUCAUGUCUGAAUAGAAACAAAGAUUAGGAGAUCAGGCUCCGAAGAAAAAGGUUCAGAGAAGCUGUGAUCUUUGAAUUUGGGGUCUACGGUGAGAUCCAGCAACCUGCGUUGGCCACCAGCACCAUGGUUCUGAGCAGGUUGGGCCUUUGUGUUCCAUCCACCCAGAGAAGAGAUGGGGAAGUACCCGGCGACAGGGGAGUCACUCGUUAGAGACCGCUGAGCACCUGCAGAGAGGCUGUUUAGCAUCCGGUCUAUGCCAAAGCUGGAAACCACAAGCUCAGACCCAGAGAGCAUGCAGACGGCGGAAGAAGGUCCUCUCCCAAAAGGACGCCCAGUCUAGAGUUCCAGCUGAGACAACACUUCCUCCAGGAAGCAUUCUCUGAUUCCUCCAAACUGGACAGGCUUCCCCGCUAUUUCCUGCCAUAAUAUCUGCAUCCACAUCCAGCACUUUAAAUUUUGUACUGAACUCGUCUGUUUUCCAGAGCUCUUCACAGACUCGGCAUUCUUUGGGGGCAGGGACAGUAUCUUGACUUUGCUUUCCUCUUUCGAAAUGCAGGAUGUCUCAGUGCCUUAUCCACACUGGUUCUACUUGAGCUGUCAUUGUCUCUGAGGCUAUGAAUGUCCUGACUCUCAGUUCCACCUAUGCAGCCAUAUGCCCCAAACUGGACCCAUGUAACAGAGUUUGUCAUGGGGGGCUUUGCCGGGGUGCAUGAAGCACGACCCCUCCUCUUUACACUCUUUCUCAUCAUGUACCUGUUCACCUUGGUGGCGAACUUGGCCAUCAUCUUGGUGGUGGCUUCAGACCGCCGACUAUGUAGGCCCAUGUAUUUCUUCCUGACAAACUUGUCCUGCCUUGAAAUCUGGUACACUUCGGUGACAGUGCCCAAGAUGCUGGCUGGUUUUAUUGGGGUAGGUGGGGGCAAGAACAUCUCUUACACUGGCUGCUUGUCCCAGCUCUUCAUCUUUACCUUCCUGGGGGCAACGGAGUGUUUCCUACUGGCUGCAAUGGCCUAUGACCGCUAUGUGGCCAUUUGUAUGCCUCUCCGAUAUGCGGCCUUGGUGUCGUGGGGCACCUGCGUCCGUCUGGCAGCUGCUUGUUGGCUGCUGGGCCUCCUCACACCUGUUUUGCCUAUCUAUCUCAUGUCCCAGCUGACAUUUUGUGGCCCCAAUGUCAUCGACCACUUCUUCUGCGAUGCCUCACCCCUGCUAGCCUUGUCCUGCUCAGAUGUCACCCUGAAGGAGACCACAGACUUUCUAGUUUCUCUGGCAGUGCUCCUGGCCUCCUCCACAGUCAUUUCUGUGUCCUAUGGCAACAUUGUCUGGACAUUGCUGCACAUCCAUUCAGCUGCGGAGCGCAGGAAGGCCUUCUCCACUUGUGCGGCUCACCUGACCGUGGUGAGCCUUUUCUAUGGUACUCUUUUCUUCAUGUAUGUCCGGACCAAAGUGGCCUCCUCCAUCAACUUCAAUAAGGUGGUGUCCGUCUUCUACUCCAUUGUCACACCAAUGCUCAAUCCCCUUAUCUAUAGUCUUCGGAACAAGGAGGUGAAGGGAGCUCUGGGCCGAGCUUUUUCCCUCAGGUCCUGGAAAGGUCAGCGACGGGGAAGGUGAGGACUUAAUUUUCUUGUGUUGGCUCUUCAGAAGGAGGGUGGUGAGGACAAAGGGGCAGAGUAGUGAGCUGGGUAGUCCGGAGGUAUGGAUUAUGUAUUAAAGUAAAAUGUUAAUCUGCCAUAACAAGAGACACCUAACUAUAAUGGGGCUUAAA